AUGGAUAAGCAACGGGUCUGGAUACUGGACAUGUCGGCCCAUAUCUUGUUCUUGGUCGUGCCCAAUAUUUUGGUGGUGCACAGUCCCUUGGCGUGCCACCCACUCUCCGACGCCGGCAUAUUCUGCGUCCAUCAUUUAAGCAUUCCCGUCACAGCCUCCGUCGCGCUCACAUUGUCCAACCAUUUUUCCGACAGUGCCAACGAGUUCUCCAGAGACCAACCUGCUCUGACGGUAUCUCCGACAACACCUAAUCGAUCCUCCGAUGUGCUACGUGCCUUCUCCGAGUCCAUCUCAGGUGAUGACCCCUCUGCCUACCCCAACGAGUUCCCCAUAAGCGGAGGUUCUGGCUACGGCCACUUCGUCGGCCGGUGUUCCUUCGAGUUAUGCAACACCGUCAGGGUCGCCGGAUGA